AUGGCGAGGAAACCAGCAGUGGAGACUGUGAGGAAACCAACAGUGGAGAUGGUGAGGAAACCAGCAGUGGAGACGGUGAGGAAACCAACAGUGGAAACGGUGAGGAAACAAGCAGUGGAGACGGUUUUCAGGGAGACGGUGAGGAAACCAGCAGUGGAGACGGUGAGGAAACCAGCAGUGGAGAUGGUUGUCAGGGAGACGGUGAGGAAACCAGCAGUGGAGAUGGUGAGGAAACCAGCAGUGGAGACGGUGAGGAAACCAACAGUGGAGAUGGUGAGGAAACCAGCAGUGGAGACGGUUGUCAGGGAGACGGUGAGGAAACCAGCAGUGGAGAUGGUGAGGAAACCAGCAGUGGAGACGGUGAGGAAACCAACAGUGGAGAUGGUGAGGAAACCAGCAGUGGAGACGGUGAGGAAACCAACAGUGGAAACGGUGAGGAAACCAGCAGGUUGUCAGGGAGACGGUGAGGAAACCAGCAGGUUGUCAGGGAGACGGUGA